AUGCCCGUAAGCCCAUAUGCAACCGAAGCAUGGACCGAGUACGCACUGGGAAUCUGUGUCCUCCUUGCCCGAAUACUUUGCCGCACCAGCGUGGUGGGAAUGAAGUGGGAUGGAGAUGACUACUUUGCCUUGUUGGCCAUUAUUCUCUGGACAUGUCUAACGCGUGGACGAAUAGGCAGAGCUGUAAUCCUCACACUCACCGACGACGAGAAGCACAAUAUCGUAAUUAGGGCGAAAUGCAUCUUGGCAGGCUGGUGCAUCUACGUCUCUCUGAUUUGGGCACUAAAAGCCUGCAUGCUCUUUCUCUACGGAAGGUUAACCCUGGACCUCAAGCAGCGGCAAAUGGUCAAGAUCACGGCCGUGGCCUGCGUCGCUGCAUACAUAUCCCUCAUUGCCGUCAUCUGGUCGCAUUGCACGCCGAUACAAAGGAAGUGGCAGAUUCACCCAUAUCCCGGCGGUACGUCAACCCCGUGGCAACUCGACGUACUGGCACACCCUAUUAACAACAAGAGAGUUGUAGAUGCCUGUGCUCUGGGCACGCCCAUGCAUUACGCGCUGCUCGUCACAAACGUCAGGUUGGGACUCCUGUUUCUCACCAAGUCGCUAUAG